UUUUAAUUAUUUACUUUUUAAUGAAGGUCUUUAAAGUGAAUGAAGAUGUGAUGUAUACGAAAUUUGAAGGAUAUUUGUGUAGAUCUAUAAAUCAAAGUUAUUAUUCAAUUAUUGCACCCGGAUUACUGAAAUCAAAUCGUAAAUACACCACUGUAGCCAGUCUGCAUGAUGCAACUGUAUCGUGCUUGCUUCGUAUCUCAAUAUCUGGACCACAAUUCAAUGCGACCGAAGAAAUAUCAUUAAAACCAUUUCAAUCUAAAAUUGUUGAUUUUUAUCCACCUAAAUUACAACACGAUAUGUACACCUUAACGGCGGAAGGUUUACAAGGGUGCAGCUUUAAUGAGGAAAAACAAUUGUUGGUUGAAACUACUGCGGGUCCUAAAAUCUACAUACAAACCGAUAAGGCUGUAUAUAAACCUGAGGAUUUGGUACAAUUUCGUGUUUUGUUUUUGGAUGAACAUACGAAACCAUUAAAUAUAUCAGAGCCCAUAUUGGCAGAGGUAUUGAAUGCCAAAGAAAAUAUUGUCAAGACCUUCAAAGACAUUCGUUUUACAAAGGGCGUCUACACCAACAACUUCCAACUGUCCGAAAGACCCGUUUUGGGUUCAUGGUCUAUAAGGGUAUCAGUUGGUGGAAUGUUUGCCCAUGUCAGUUCAAAAGUCAUACAAGUUAAAAAAUAUGUUCUUCCCAAAUUCAGUGUACACAUAAGAACUGCAAAACAUGUGAUUACAAGCGAUGCCCACAUAAAGGCCAUGAUCUAUGGUAAAUAUACUUUUGGAAAAUAUGUACAAGGUGUUGCCACUGUACAAUUGUGGAAUGAAGUCAAAACCAAAAUUAUUCAACAACAAAAGAUUGACGUAAAUACAAUGGCGGCAGUGGAAUUUUCUCUACCAAAUUUAAAUCAGACAACUCUAGACAAUUACAUAUAUUUGUCAGUGUCGUUAAAGGAAAAUUUAACGGGUAUCAGACAAAGCGAGUCCAUUCCAAUCAUGUUGCAUAGACAGCGCUACAAUAUUAUUGUGAAUGAAAAUGAUAUUGAAUUUAGUGAUUUCGAGCCUUACCGUCUAAAAGUACAUAUACAAUAUUGGAAUGGAGCUGUAGUUAGGGAUCCUAACACACCUGUUAUUUUGAAGUACGGCCUUAAAACAUAUGAAACUUAUAUGGAGGACAAUGGUAUGGCAACGUUUGAAUUUGAAAAUCAACAAGAUUAUGGUUAUUCAAUAUAUUUCAAGGAUUCUCAUUUAUAUGUACCAAGUGUAUAUCGUAGUGUAAAAGAAGACAACAGCAGUAUUUUCUAUUGUAAAUUAAACUUGUUGGAUAAAAGACCACACUUAGGAAAACCAGUAAAUAUUGAAGUCAGUUCCACCGAAGACAUACCAUACCUAGUUUAUGCAAUUGUGGGACAUGGUAACAUCAUACUUAUGCAACAUAUAAUAUUGCCACCAAAUCAAAAAUCCUACAUAAUCCACAUAAAACCCUCAAUAGAAAUGAUACCCUUCUCAUAUCUAUAUGUCCACUAUUCCCAUAACGGCAUACUAAGGCAAAAUGAAAUGGAACUGGCUUUUCCCAGACAAUUCCAAAAUCAGAUUUCAUUAGUGGCUCCCCAAAACGUGAAACCUGGUGAAGAAAUAACUGUGGAACUGAACGCCCAGCCUCAAUCAUUUGUAGGUAUUUUAGCUGUAGAUUUGGGAGUGCAUUUGUUGGACCCCUCCUAUGAUUUGGAUCGUAAUAAAAUACUGAAAGAAUUAGCUGAAGAUAAAUCCUAUGUUUACUCAGAGUAUAUUCAAAAUGGGGAAAUUUCAAUUUCGGGCCUGGUUAUUUUAACAAAUAUUAAAAGAACAUUGGAAGAGGUGCUGAAUAGAAAAAAAAUUCGUCAAUCUGAAGAUGGUGAGCAAGACUAUCGUGUAAAUUUUCCAGAAGUGUGGAUUUUUCAAAAUGUUGAUAUUAAUGCCACAAAUACCAAAAUGACUUUCAAGCUGCCUGAUUCGAUAACCACUUGGCGUAUAACAGCUUUUUCCGUUAAUGAAAAAUCGGGAUUGGGCAUAGUCGAUGUGCCCACUGAUGUUACAGCUAUAAAACCAUUUUUCAUAUCCCUCAAUCUACCCUAUUCCAUCAAGUGGGGUGAAAUUGUGGCCAUUGGUGUAUUGGUGUUCAACUAUCACUCACAAUCUCUGGAUAGCAGCAUUGUAAUGCAUAAUAAUGAUUUUGAAUUUGAAUUCAUGGAAUCUAUGGCAGAUGGCACAGAGAAAUCUAAAGAUCAACAGAGAAAACUGAUUAAAUAUGUAUUGCCGGCAAAUGAUGUUCAAAUGUUUACAUUUUACAUAAAACCCUUGGAAGUAGGAACAGUAAAUCUGCGAAUUUCAGCCUCAAAUUAUCUUUACAGGGAUGCUGUGCAUCAACAACUUAAAGUGGAAUCACAGGGUAUUGACAAAAAAUAUAAUCAGCCGAUUUAUUUAAAUGUGUUUGAAUUUGAAAAUCAACAAGAUUAUGGUUAUUCAAUAUAUUUCAAGGAUUCUCAUUUAUAUGUACCAAGUGUAUAUCGUAGUGUAAAAGAAGACAACAGCAGUAUUUUCUAUUGUAAAUUAAACUUGUUGGAUAAAAGACCACACUUAGGAAAACCAGUAAAUAUUGAAGUCAGUUCCACCGAAGACAUACCAUACCUAGUUUAUGCAAUUGUGGGACAUGGUAACAUCAUACUUAUGCAACAUAUAAUAUUGCCACCAAAUCAAAAAUCCUACAUAAUCCACAUAAAACCCUCAAUAGAAAUGAUACCCUUCUCAUAUCUAUAUGUCCACUAUUCCCAUAACGGCAUACUAAGGCAAAAUGAAAUGGAACUGGCUUUUCCCAGACAAUUCCAAAAUCAGAUUUCAUUAGUGGCUCCCCAAAACGUGAAACCUGGUGAAGAAAUAACUGUGGAACUGAACGCCCAGCCUCAAUCAUUUGUAGGUAUUUUAGCUGUAGAUUUGGGAGUGCAUUUGUUGGACCCCUCCUAUGAUUUGGAUCGUAAUAAAAUACUGAAAGAAUUAGCUGAAGAUAAAUCCUAUGUUUACUCAGAGUAUAUUCAAAAUGGGGAAAUUUCAAUUUCGGGCCUGGUUAUUUUAACAAAUAUUAAAAGAACAUUGGAAGAGGUGCUGAAUAGAAAAAAAAUUCGUCAAUCUGAAGAUGGUGAGCAAGACUAUCGUGUAAAUUUUCCAGAAGUGUGGAUUUUUCAAAAUGUUGAUAUUAAUGCCACAAAUACCAAAAUGACUUUCAAGCUGCCUGAUUCGAUAACCACUUGGCGUAUAACAGCUUUUUCCGUUAAUGAAAAAUCGGGAUUGGGCAUAGUCGAUGUGCCCACUGAUGUUACAGCUAUAAAACCAUUUUUCAUAUCCCUCAAUCUACCCUAUUCCAUCAAGUGGGGUGAAAUUGUGGCCAUUGGUGUAUUGGUGUUCAACUAUCACUCACAAUCUCUGGAUAGCAGCAUUGUAAUGCAUAAUAAUGAUUUUGAAUUUGAAUUCAUGGAAUCUAUGGCAGAUGGCACAGAGAAAUCUAAAGAUCAACAGAGAAAACUGAUUAAAUAUGUAUUGCCGGCAAAUGAUGUUCAAAUGUUUACAUUUUACAUAAAACCCUUGGAAGUAGGAACAGUAAAUCUGCGAAUUUCAGCCUCAAAUUAUCUUUACAGGGAUGCUGUGCAUCAACAACUUAAAGUGGAAUCACAGGGUAUUGACAAAAAAUAUAAUCAGCCGAUUUAUUUAAAUGUAGGCAGAGAAACACCUGCAACAUCAUCCUUCUUGCAGGUAAAUAUACCUUCGAAUGUGGAACCCACAUCCAGUGGUAUUGCUUUAACAGUUGGUGGUGAUUAUAUUGUUCCCACUUUCGACAACCUGCAACAACUAGUCGAGAUGCCCACGGGAUGUGGCGAACAAAAUAUGGUGCAUUUUGCUCCCAACAUUAUGAUUUUACAAUAUCUGAAAGCCACUGGAGAAUAUGCGAAAGAAAGCUGUCUCGUGGCCACCAUCAAGUCUUAUACAGAUAUUGGUUAUCAGCAGCAAUUGUCGUAUCGACACGACAAUGGUGGUUACAGCGUAUUUGGCGAGGACGUGGAUGAAGAGGCCAGUACCUGGCUCACAGCAUAUACUGUGCGUUUCUUUAUUAAAGCUUCUAAGUUUGCUUCUAUAGAACGACGUAUAAUUGAAACGGCUUUAAAGUAUUUAUCCAAUGCUCAAUUAAAUGAUGGCAGUUUUCCUUAUACUGGUUAUUUGUUCGAUCCGGCUCAAAAAAAUCGUUAUGGCUUGACGGCCUUCAUAUUGGCAACAUUUUUAGAGGAUCGUAUGUAUGCCAGAAGAUACCAACAGGUCAUUAACAGAGGUCUUCAAUUUCUAACCAACAAUUUGGAUGAUGUUGACGAUGUUUAUGCCCUCUCCAUUAUUGCGUAUGUCCUACAAAUGGCUAAAAAUUCGAACGUCAAUAAAGUUUUAGAAAAACUAAAAAUCUAUCGUAAUGAAAGUGAUGGUCUAGUCUGGUGGUCAGGAAGCAAUAAUUUCAAUGAAAAUAAUGUGGAAAUUACGGCAUAUAUAUUGAUGGCUCUGCUCGAUUCGAGUGCAUCCGGUGAUCAUAAGCCCAUACUUAAAUGGCUAAUAGCUCAACGCAAUGAUAAGGGGGGUUUCCUAUCAACUCAUGAUACCGUUGUGGGUUUACAAGCCUUGGUUAAAUUUGCACAGAAAAUUAAAGAAUCAAAAAAUGUGAAUUUGGAUAUCAAAUACACGGCAAAAGAUCAGGAAGGAGAUGCCGUCAAAACGGGUGCAUUUAAAGUGGAAUCUGGCAAUAUUUUAAUGACUCAAAAACAAGAGUUGCCCAAAUCUACUCGUAACGUCAGCUUCGAAAUGACCGGAACUGGUUCUGCACUCUUGCAACUCUCCCACCACUAUAAAAUACUUGACGCCAGCACAUCAAUUAGUCCCAUGAUUGAUACAAGUGGCUCAAAACCACGUAGAAAAGAUGUCUCCUCAAAUGUCAAAACCGAAGUCAAAUAUUUCAUUAUUGAACCUAAAGCAAAUAUUUUAAAUAAUGAUUUGGAUUUGGAAAUUUGUUACACCUAUACUACCAGCACUAACAUGGUUAUAAUGGAGGUGAAUUUACCAUCCGGUUAUCGGACGGAUGAUGAAGUUCUCGAAAAUUUAAAAAAUAACCCAUUUGUACAAAGAAACGAACCUAAAAAUGAAUAUACGACCAUCAUACUGUACUUGGAUAAAUUAGAGAUAAAUGAACAAAACUGUUUAAAUAUUUUGGCCUACAAAACAAGCGAUGUAUUUGAACGUAAAUCUGUGCCCAUAGUGAUGUAUGACUAUUAUAAUACAGCGUCUUCUAAUUCAAUAUUUUAUAAUGUUUAAUUAAUUUAUAAACAAAUUUAUUCCCAACUUAUUUUAAACAA